UUUCUCCCGUUAAUGGUGAUAAGAGGCAUUUCAGUAAGCGCGCGCCUCUCCCGCUGGUGCGGUAAACGCCCUAGGAGAUGUCAGAGAAGGGUGUUAUUUUUUCACGUCUCUAGAAGGUUCUAUUUAUAAUAGAUAGCUGCAAUAGCUCAGCUAUAACUGAGUCUGCUUGUACCCGACAGCCAUUUGGAGUCAUAUGACCCGCCGCUCAUACCUAAGGUAUCUCCAGUGACAAACUCCGCAGCAGCUUGGAGCGUCCUACCAGGACAAGCAUUCGCUUCGCGCAGCACCGCGCGGAACUCGUUCGGAGGAUGUACAACGCUGCGAAGUGCUUGCAAGAAGACCUUGGAUUUUAACUAAAACACGCACAGUGCGUGACUGAAAGGAAAGCUGAAAAUUCACACAGCGGAAUUGUUAAUAAACAGCGAUGCCAGAGGAAAAAGUCUUCCACCAGCAGGCUGUUCACAGCCCAUUGGAUCAGAAGCAGAGCAGCUCCAUCCUGUGCCAGAACUGCGGAAAGGCCUGCAAGGGGGAGGUGCUGCGCGUGCAGAACAAACACUUCCACAUCAAGUGCUUCGUCUGCAAAGUGUGCGGCUGUGAUCUGGCCCAGGGGGGGUUCUUCGUGCGCCAGGGGGAGUACAUCUGCACCCUGGACUACCAGAAGCUGUAUGGGACUCGCUGCUUCAGCUGCGAUGAGUUCAUUGAAGGGGAGGUGGUGUCGGCCCUGGGGAAGACCUACCACCCGCGCUGCUUCGUCUGCGCCGUCUGCAAACAGCCCUUCCCUGCCGGUGACCGGGUGACAUUCAACGGGAAGGAGUGCAUCUGCCAAAAGUGCACACAACCCCUGCCGUCAGACAGCCCCGCGCCAAUCCAGGCCGUCCGCAACUGCUGUGGCUGUGGUAAGGAGUUUAAGAACGAGCAGUCCCUCGUGGCCCUGGACAAGCACUGGCAUCUCGGCUGCUUCAAGUGCAAGAUCUGCAACAAAGUGCUCAACGCCGAGUACAUCAGCAAGGAUGGGAUCCCCUACUGCGAGGUGGAUUACCACGCCAUGUACGGGAUCCAGUGUGAGAACUGCAAGAAGUACAUCACUGGCAAGGUGCUGGAGGCUGGGGACAAGCACUACCACCCAACCUGCGCCCGCUGCGCCAGAUGUGACCAGAUGUUCGGAGAGGGAGAGGAGAUGUACCUGCAAGGCUCCUCAAUCUGGCACCCCCCAUGCAGACAGGCGGCGCGUGCGGAGGAGAAAAGCAAGAAACAGGUGCGGAUUCAGCUCCGAGAUGGUUCUUCACAGGUGACCAGGACCUCCUCCGAGAGCAUCACCUCUGCGCCAGCCUCCAGCGCCUCAGGGUCCCCUAGCAGAGUCAUUUACGCUAAACUGGGAGACGAGCUGCUGGACUACAAGGACCUGGCUGCCCUGCCGAAGAUAAAAGCCAUAUACAACAUCGACAGACCGGACAUGCUAACGUACUCCCCUUACAUCAGCUACCCUGCUGAAGACCGCAUUCAAGGAGAGUCGCCUCAGUUGCUUUCCCCUACUCCGACAGAGGGCGAUGGCGAGAAGUCGCCCCGUCAGAGACGGCCGUCCAGCCCCAGCUCCAACAGCUCCCUGGGGGGGUACGGGCGCUACACCCCGUCCCGUUCGCCCCAGAACUACAGCCGACCAGAGACGUAUGUGGUGGGUAGAUACUCCGGGACUGCCAGAAACUCCUCCUCCCUGCCCUUUUACACGUCCGCCAAACAUGGCGGCGCGGCGAGCGGGUGGCAGGCCGGGACCUCCGCCUCGCUGCCCGCGUACGGCAGCGCCAGCGGCAGAUACGCCGGGCAUGCUGGGAACGCGGGCUCCCUGCCGCUCAACAGCCUGGCCCUGCUCUACCACCACGGCUACAUCCCCUACUUCAAAGGGUACAAGCAGGACCCCCUCCUCGAAAAUAAGCCUAGGACAUCCCUGCAUCUCAGUUUGCCCUCUUACGGCAGUGAAAGCGGUCGGAGCACUCCCAGCUUAUCUGCGUACUCAGACAGCAAAUCUCCCUGCUCCACAUAUGUGCAAGCUCCCAGGCAUUUCCAUGUGCCAGACACUAAGAUCAAAGAUAAUAUCUAUAGAAAGCCCCCUAUCUACAGACAGCAUGCGUCAAGAGCAUCCUGGCAGGAGGGGGAUGAUGUGGACAGAAAGACGAGGACCAGUUGGAUGAUCCUGAAGGACGAGAUUGACGGACGCACGAGCGCGGAUUACGUGGACCCCAGGACAUCGACCCGCAGCCUGCCCAUCGAUACCCCUCAGCCCAAUUUCCCCUAUAAUAAAUCUGCAUCUCUGCCAGGCUACGGAAGAAAUGGCAUAUACAAGGCCGCCGACCUCGCCGAGGACGACGCAGACCAGGACUCCAGCUGGGGGAUGAGAGAGUACAAGGUGUACCCCUACGACGUGCUGGCCGUGACGCACAGGGUGAGAGUUAAGCUGCCCCGGGACGUGGACCGCACCAGGCUGGAGAGACACUUGUCCCCUGAAGACUUCCGUCAGGUUUUCGGGAUGACCAUCGAGCAGUUUGACCGCCUCGCUCUGUGGAAAAGAAACGACCUCAAGAAGAAAGCGCGACUUUUUUAAGCGCUGCGAAGCCAAACGGCGUCAGCGGCGGCCCUGCGAUGGCGUGCUUAGCAUUCAUCCCAUCUGAUUAAAAAACAAGGUAUAUGUGCACCAACACACUGCUUCACAGCUGCAGAGUCCCCUCAGCCUGGACAGGGAGGGAGGAACUGCCCCGAUCCACCUGGGGACCUUGGAACGUUCUCGCGACGGUUCCCUGACGCUGCGGCAACCGACGUGACCCGCAGUGUUAUGAGAAUGUCCGUUGUGAUUGACGGGGGAGGAGCUAUACUUGCAUGGCCGGUCACUUGGUCCCUUCUCUCUCUCUAUCUCUCCCUCACUCUUUCUUCUCUCUCUCUCCCUCCAUCUCUCUCUCUCUCUCUCUCUGUGUGAGGUCCAAAUCACCCCCUCCCCAGCUCCACCCACUCACGCCCUGCUCCUCCUCAGCAGAAUAAAUACCGCAAGCUUUCUAAAUCCCCGCGUCGGCCUCUUAGCGACCGCGCCGAACCCUCUUCUCUUUCUGCUUCUAACAUGACAUGUGCACAGUUUACGUUCUUUGAAACACUACAGUUUCAGUUUACAGCAGUGGAAGACCAAGUAUACUGCGAGAGCACUCUUGAGGCCAAAGAGGGACAGGAAACAACUCUUAUUUCUUUUCAUUUUUUUUUUGGUAAUAUAAUUAAAUAUGGUUAAAGCACCUUACUAUAUUGUUUUCUUUCUGUUUUCAACCAAGAUUAUUCCUCAAAUGGAGGAUGGUCACAAUCUUUGUUGAGUGCUCCUAGAUACUGUGUCAUAUGUGAGAUAUACAUAUAAAUCAAUGAGGCACAAAGAUGUGAUGGGCUAAAGACAGCCCCUAUAAGACCAUAAAUCUGAGUGGGAAACGACAGGUGAGAAUACUAUUAGAGCUGCUCAGCUAGCACCACAAAUCGCCACAGAACCAAGGUCUAAACUUGAAUGACUUUGCAGAGAAUGGUGUACAGGCCAUGUCUAUGUUGGUCAAAACCAACAAAAGAAAUUCCAAUUGAAGCCUAAAAUAAUUUUUAUAUUGUAAUAUGAACCCUGAAAGCAUUAAUGACAUUACCAAAUCCGGACUAAAUUGUUUAUAUUUGUUAAAAAUGUAUUCCCAUGGACAUAUUUUCUGUCAUAACUACACAGACUUACAUAAGCACUUCAGUGCAUUUAUUUGGUUUUUAUUUAAUUUGAGUAAUAUAUAAAUGUGUUUUACUUUUGUUUAUCUUAUAGAGAAUAAACUGUAUAUAUUACAAAUGCAAUUGCCAAUAUAAUUAACCAUAAGCUACCGCAAAUAUCAAACAGUACGUUCACUGACACUGGAUAUGUGUAGUUUAAAAGGAGCCAUUUUGAUAUCUCACCUGUAACAUUCAUAUCACUGUUGAAGUGUUACGUACACAGCUAUGUGCUUAAAGUGAGGGCUGGUGAUAUCUCUGAGGUUCUCACCUUGGAGCUCUUCAAAAUGGAAGCCGAGUGAAGCUUCGUAAAGAUCAGCACGAUGUCAGCUCUGUAUCUGCGAUCAGCAAACAUGGUGGCUGAUCAGUAAUGAGCAGCAAAAACCAGCUUUGCUUUUAUCAUGUACACAUUUCCUUGGAACAGAUGAAAAGCUUAACUUACUUUUUUUGUUUUGUGAGUCAAAUAUCUAUUUUUCUAUAGCAUCUAGAUAAAGGCUACUUUAUGUGACACGCAACUACUGUGUACAGUAAGAAAUUUACUGGUGAAAAAACAAUACGGUGAAUACUUUUUUAAUUCCUCACACGCUCACAUAGUUUUCGUGAUUAUUUCAUGUUUUUUUUUUGUUUGUUCGUUUUUUUUUUUUUAAACAGAGCUAACAAUUUGGCUUCAUUUUAAAACAGCCUAUUAAAUAAGCUAAACCAUUUACAUAUGUCGAUUGCUUUUUUAAGUGCUUUAUUGGAUCUAAAAAGUCCACAGUGUAUUAGUGUCCCAGUGAAUGUCAGCAGCUGUUACUGAGGACCGAUUGAUUUUCGUAUGCUGGUCGAGGAGUCAUUGUCCAGUUAGAGACAGUAAUGUACAGCACUCCCCGUGUAAAUCAUAUAGUCGACUGGAGUGUCUGGGAUCGCAUUGCACCCUGGGAAUGUUACAGGGAUGUUGUGCUGUCUUUGUGGCAGGUGGAGAGAUUCAAGUUCCCCCCCUGACUGUGUUUUGGGGUUCACAGUUUUUCUGUUGAGAGUCCCUCUGUGGUUCUGGAGAGGGCAGUGAGGCGAUUAUGCCUGCAUUAUUUGAACAGCUGUGGAAACAGGAGUAUGUGAGGUAUUAGACUAAAGCUGCAGCCUUCGCCUAGCCAAGUCACUGCGCAAGCAAGCGCCUUUCAUCCCCUUAGCAAAACACACUUCCCUCCCAGAGAAAAUAGCUCUUUAAAAUAAGACCGUUUAUCUUUGAGACGAAGAAGAAAAAUAUAUAUGUAUGUAUGCCUUGCUUUUUAAUUAAAUUUUAUUUCCUAAUGUUUCAGAAAGAGAAUGAAUUCUCUACAGCAGUGCAAGGAUGUUACCUGGUGUUUUUUUAUUUUUGGGAAACUGAGAUUGUAAGUGUCCGCAGUUUGUUUCUGGGUUAAAUAAUAGCAGAAGGCAAGUUCCUGUAAUGAAUGCUUUAAUGUUCAUAAAAUGCAUUUACAGUUAUGUUAAAUAACUUGACAUAAAAAACUAUGAAUGACACACAGGCUAUGAAAUUGCUAGCAUUUACUAAAUGCUUUUUUGUACUUUGCCUUCAAAUAUCAACUUUUUUUGCCAAUCUGUGUUCUGAUAGAAAUGCGGAUAGAGUGAUGCUAAUUCUAAAGAAACUGUGUUGGCCUGCUAAUAACACAGAAAUGUUCUUUUGUGUGAAUAGAACAACCCAUUUAACCACCGGAUGCAACAUUUGGUCUAUGCUGUGAAUGUUGAUGUCCUUGUGGCAAAGCAGCAUGGAGAUAAGGGUCAAAUUCUGCUGUAACUAAAAGCCUUUUUGUUUUCUCAUGCUUUUAUUUUGCUUUGCUGGUUUGCAAGAAAUGCUGAUGUCUCUCAUCUUAAAAUAAAUGUUUGGUUCAGUA